CAGUGUUUACAACACUAGUUUAAAAUUGUAAACAAAAACGCCGACAUUACACGUGCUGCACUAUAUUUAAUAUUUGAUAUAAUUUUAAACAAUGGGUAGCCACUUUGAGCUGUUAAGUGAACAGGGCUUGCGCCUAGAUGGUCGGCGGCCACACGAGCUGCGCCACAUCAAGUGCAAGUUGGGCGUUUUCGAAAAGCCCGAUGGCAGUGCGUACAUGGAACAGGGCAACACCAAGGUUCUAGCCGCCGUUUACGGGCCGCACCAGGCCAAGGGCAAAAAGACGGAGUCCAACGAUGUGGUGAUCAACUGCCAGUACAGCCAGGCCACGUUUUCCACGGCGGAACGCAAGAACCGGCCGCGCGGCGAUCGAAAGUCCCUCGAAUUUAAGAUGUACCUUCAGCAGUCGCUCAGUGCAGCCAUUAAAUCAGAGCUGUAUCCCCGCUCCCAGAUAGACAUCUAUGUGGAAGUGCUUCAGGCGGACGGAGCCAACUACGCGGUGGCUCUCAACGCGGCCACCCUGGCGCUUAUAGAUGCCGGCAUCUGCCUGAACGAAUUCAUUGUCGCCUGCACAGCCUCCCUGAGCAAGGCGAACAUUCCGCUAACCGACAUCUCGCACAUCGAGGAGGUUUCCGGUGGCCCAAUGCUAACUGUUGCCGCCUUGCCCAAUGCCGAGAAAAUUGCAUUUAUCGAGAUGAGCGAACGAUUUCACAUUGAUCAUUUGGAGACGGUUAUUGAGACGGCCAUGGCUGGGUGUCGGGAGAUCCGCGACAUUCUGGAAGCGGCGGUUAAGGAGCACCUCCUGCACAUGGGCAGUGCGGCUGAUUGGGCGAGAGUGGGUUGAGAAGAAACUGAGGUUUUUUUCUCCACAAUUUUGUUGAUCUACCAAACGAUUGUAAAAUCUACUGAAUUAAGUGAUUAAGUAAUUAAAACAAAGAAAUUAACCCAAAAUAAA